UUUCGAUUAUAUUAUUGAAGUCUGGCGUUCGCUGCCAAAUCAACACGUCAACGUUUUCUUCUUCUUCAACGUUAGCCCCUUAACACCUGAACGGCGGCUAUUUUAGCUGGGCUAGCGAGAUUUUUAUUAAUUGGCAAGCUUUUGUUGAAAUAAAACGUUAACAACGGAUCAUCAUAUUCAAUCAUUCCCGCUGCAGGCAUUGGCCGCAAACAAGAAAUAAGCAAACAUAAAAUCAAAACUGAGUCUGCAUUAAAAUGGCCAAUCAAAGAUUGAGCUCGUUAACAGCUGGUGGCCGCCUCUCGUUCUCUAUGCUGUUCGCCUGCUUGUGCAUCAUGGCAUUUCAAUUGACCGGCAACCAUGGGGCCGCUGUUAUGUCUGUUGAUCUCGGCAGCGAGUGGAUGAAAGUGGGUGUCGUAUCGCCCGGCGUGCCAAUGGAGAUCGCUUUGAAUCGCGAGUCGAAACGCAAAACGCCGGCCAUCAUCGCCUUCCGCGAUAAUACGCGCACUAUUGGCGAGGACGCACAAACGAUUGGAAUACGCGAACCCUCUGCCGCCUAUGGUUACCUAUUGGAUUUACUGGGCAAGACCAUUGAUAAUCCUAUUGUUGAUCUGUACAGAAAACGCUUUCCGUACUACACCAUCCUAGGCGACAAGGAGCGGAAUACAGUGGUCUUCAAGAAGAGCGACACCGAGGAGUUCAGCGUGGAGGAGCUGGUUGCCCAAUUGCUGGGCAAGGCCAAGGAAUACGCACAAGAAUCGACACAGCAAUCGAUCACUGAAUGUGUGCUAACCGUGCCCGGCUAUUUCGGUCAGGCGGAGCGAGAGGCUUUGCUGGUGGCAGCACAAUUGGCCAAUCUGAAGGUACUGCAACUGAUCAACGACUAUGCCGCCGUAGCGCUCAACUAUGGUGUAUUCCAUCGGGGCGAGAUCAAUGAGACGGCACAAUAUUUCCUCUUCUAUGAUAUGGGCGCUUACAAGACGUCCGCUGCGGUGGUUAGCUAUCAGUUGGUCAAGGAUAAGCAGACCAAGGAGAUCAAUCCGGUGGUACAGGUGCUGGGCGUUGGCUAUGAUCGAACGCUGGGCGGUCUGGAGAUACAGCUGCGCCUACGCGACUAUCUGGCCAUGGAGUUCAAUGCCCUCAAGAAGACCAAAACGGAUGUCACGAAGAGUCCACGGGCGCUGGCCAAACUGUUCAAGGAAGCGGGACGUUUGAAGAACGUGUUGUCGGCCAACAACGAUCAUUACGCUCAAAUUGAGAAUCUGCUGGAGGAUCAUGACUUUAAGCUACAGGUGUCCAGAGAGAAACUGGAGGAGCUAUGCGCUGAUCUGUGGCCACGCACCACUAAACCAUUGGAAGAUGCUUUGGCCACGUCGAAUCUGUCGCUGGAUGUGAUCAAUCAGGUGAUACUCUUUGGCGGCGGCACGCGUGUGCCACGUGUCCAGGAGACAAUCAAGCAGCUGAUCAAACAGGAGCUGGGCAAAAAUCUUAAUGCUGAUGAAUCGGCCACCAUGGGCGCCGUCUACAAGGCAGCAGAUCUGUCCAGCGGCUUCAAGGUGAAGAAGUUCAUAGUUAAGGAUGCGGUGAUCUUCCCUCUUCAAGUAUCCUUUGAACGCGAUCCGGGCGAUGGUGCAGCCGUUAAGCAAGUGAAGCGCGCCCUCUUCGCUUUGAUGAAUCCCUAUCCACAGAAGAAGGUUAUCACCUUCAACAAGCACACGGAUGACUUUGAAUUCUAUGUAAACUAUGGAGACUUGGAACGCUACAGCGCGGAUGAUAUUGCUGCUAUUGGUAGCCUGAAUAUCACGCGCGUUGAACUACAGAAGGUCAAGGAGCUGCUGGAGAAAUCGAAGAAGGAUCAGGUGGACAACAAGGGCAUCAAGGCCUACUUCUACCUGGAUGAUUCUGGCAUUUUCCGCUGCACGGGCGUCGAGUACGUUUAUGAGAAGCAAAAGAUCGAGGAGGAUCUGGACGAGGACAGCACCUUGGCCAAGCUGGGCAGCACCAUCAGCAAGCUCUUCACCAAGGAGGCCGAGAAAGCAACAGUCGAUGACAGCGAGACCCCAACGCCCAAAGACCAGGAGUCUAGCGAGGAGCCAGCCGAAUCCAAGUCUGAGGAUGAGACCAAAAAGAGCGGAGAUGUCAACGAAUCAGCUCCAAAUAAAAAUGAGGAGGAGAACAAAACCGAGGCCAAGAAUGAAACCAUCAAACUGGUCACCAUCAAAACGCCCGUGGCGCACAAGACAGAGCUGAGAUUUACACUGCCUUUAAGUGGAAGCGGUUACAACGAUGCUUUGGCCAAACUGCAAGCCAUCAACAAAGUUGAGGAGGAGCGCGUGCGCUUGGAGUCCACAUUCAAUGCACUCGAAUCGCACAUCAUCGAAGUACAGCAGAAGCUGGAUGAGAAGCCUUAUGCAGACUGUGCCACGGCCGAGGAGAAGGAGCAGUUGUUAGCUGAGUGCAGUAAGCUGUCCGAGUGGCUGUACGAGGAUGAGGAGAAUCGUACGCCCGAAAUCUAUGAGGAGAAGUUGCAGCAGCUGAAGAAGCUCUCAAAUGUAUUCCUCGGCCGCCACUGGGAGCACGAGGAACGUCCCGAUGCGAUCAAGUCCUUCAAGGGCAUGCUCGAUAGCGCUGAGAAGUUCCUGGUGACGGCACGCAACCUCACCAAGGACUCAAAUCCCGAAAUGGAUGUCUUCACCCAGGUGGAGAUCGAUACGCUCGUCAAAGUGAUCACAGAGUCGAGCACCUGGCUUAAGACCGAAGUCGCCGCCCAAAAGAAGCUAAGCCGGAAUGCAGAUGUUCGUUUAACCGUGCAGGAUAUGAUGAAGAAGAUGUCCACGCUGGAUCGCGAGGUUCAGUAUAUGGCCAACAAGAUGAAGAUCUGGAAGCCCAAGGCGAAGGUCGAUAAAAAGGCUAAGGAGCCAGCAGCUAGUGAAGAGGCUGUUCAAGGCAGUGGCAGUGGCAGCGGCGACAACGGUGAGGAUGCCGCCAAGGAUAACACUGAGAAGGCAACAAAGGAACAGCAGAAGGAGGAGAAUGUGACAGCCACGCCCACUGUCGACGCAAACACGCCACACAGCGAACUCUAAAGCAAGACUGCACGAAAUGAACAGGCAAAGAGAGCAUGAGAGAGACAGAGGAAGCCAGAGAGCGAAAGAGAGAGAGAGAGAGAGA